GCCCUGCCUCCUCCCCGCGCUGCCACCGCCUCCGGCCCGGCGCAGCGCUGCCCGGGCAGUCACGGAACGGGAACGGAGGCUGGCAUUGGCGCUUUGCUUAGAAGUGGGAUUGGUGUCCGUGCGCACCGCGUCCUCCAGCGCAAGUACUGCCGGGCCCCGCUCGGGGGGCACUGGGGCCGGGCGGGCAGAGCGGAGGUUGAACUUCUGUCAUGCAAGUGGAAGUGGCGUAGCGUCUUUGAAGAGUGUAUAGAGCAGCAGAGCAAGAGCAGUGUGGGCAGCGUGCUCGUCUGAGAGCAAGUGUGUUCCUGGUUUAUGGUUGCUCAUCUGCAGUAUAACCUGGAAACUGAAAAGGAUCCUGUAGUUAUUGUUAUUUCCACUACUGGGACAGGAGACCCACCAGACACUGCCCGCAAGUUUGUGAAGAAAAUUCAAGACAAGACCUUGCCUCCUGAUCAUUUUGCACAUCUCCAGUAUGGAUUGCUAGGUCUGGGAGAUUCAGAGUACAUGUUCUUUUGUAAUGGUGGAAGGACAGUAGACCGACGACUUCAAGAACUUGGUGCCCAGCGCUUCUAUGACACAGGAUUAGCAGAUGACUCUGUAGGUUUGGAAUUAGUGGUUGAUCCUUGGAUUGAUGGACUUUGGCUUGCCCUCAAGGAAGCAUUACAAUUGCAGAAAGAGAAAGAAGACAUGAACAAUGCUGUCAAUGCUGUUUCCAGCUCUCUCUCUACAGCUCCACAUGCUGUGCAUGAGCUAAAGCUAAGCUCUGAAGUACAGAACUUGAAGCUAGAAGAUGAGGGAGCAAGAGGUUCUGAUAUUCUGUCACAGAAACUGGAUGACAUCAAUCUUGUGGCUCCAGCUAGAGACACCGAACCUUCACUUGUUCAUUCUGUCCCUCCUCUCUCUCAGUCUGCUCUUAAUAUUCCUGCCCUGCCACCAGAAUAUAUAGAGGUGGAGUUUCAGGACAUCCAGGGCGAGAAUCUGCAUCUGUCUUCACUUGUCUCAGAGGGAAGAACCUUUGAAGUGCCAGUUACAAGAGCAGUUCAGCUCACUAGGGAAGAUGCAAUAAAGACUGCAUUGCUCUUAGAGCUUGAUAUUGCAGAUACAGCUUUUGACUACCAGCCUGGAGAUGCCUUCUGUGUAAUAUGUCCCAACAAUGUCAGUGAAGUGGAAAAGCUUCUUCACAUUUUGGGACUUUCUGAAAAAGGAGACGACUUUGUUUGUGUAAAAGUUAAGCAGGGCACUAAAAAGAAAGGAGCAGUUCGUCCACAACACAUCCCUGAAAGAAGCACUCUCAAAUUCAUUCUAACCUGGUGUCUGGAAAUAAGAGCAAUUCCUAAAAAGGCAUUUUUGCGAGCUCUUGUAGAGUGUACCAGUGAUGCGAGAGAAAAACGGAGGCUUCAGGAGCUUUGCAGCAGACAAGGAGCCUCUGAUUAUACUCACUUUAUUAGAGAUUCUAAUGUUUGCCUCCUGGAUUUACUUCAUGCUUUUCCAAGCUGCAAGCCUUCACUUAGCCUGUUAAUUGAACAUCUUCCUAAAUUACAAGCCAGAUCCUAUUCUGUCUCAAGUUCAAACUUAUAUCAGCCAGGAAGGCUGUGCUUUGUAUUUAAUGUUGUGGAGUUCCCUGCCAGUCCCUCUAGACCAGUCUCACGGAAAGGAGUAUGCACAGGGUGGCUUGCUGAGUUAGUUGCACCUCUACUGCACACCAGUAAAAACUCUCAGGGUACAAAAGGAGAAAGCUUUUCAACUGAAAAGGUCUCUAUUUUUCCUCGUCCAAACAAUGCUUUCCACUUACCUGCAGACCCAUCUGUGCCAUUCAUUAUGGUUGGUCCAGGAACAGGAAUUGCACCAUUUAUUGGUUUCCUACAACAUAGGCAAAAGCUCAGAGAAGAGCACACAGACUGGGAAUUUGGAGAAACAUGGCUGUUUUUUGGUUGCCGGCAUCAGGAUCGAGACUAUUUGUUCAAAGAUGAGCUCCAAUGUUUUCUUAAAAAUGGAACCUUAACUCAUCUUAAGGUUUGUUUCUCAAGAGACUCUUCAACUGCAGAAGUGGCCCCACCUAAAUAUGUGCAAGAUGUCCUUAGGCUUUGUGCUAAGGAAGUUGCCAGAGUCCUGCUGAAGGAGAGAGGUUACUUCUAUGUAUGUGGAGAUAAGAAGCACAUGGCUGAUGAUGUAAGUGAUGCUGUAGUAGACAUUUUAAGCAUGGAAAUGGAAGCUGACAAAUUGGAAGCAAUGAAGAGCCUGGCCAUGCUUCGAGAAGCAAAACGAUAUUUGCAGGAUGUUUGGAGCUAAAUGUUGAGCUUUUCCUAUAUCUUUGUAAUACAAAAUACUUCCUUUUACACAUAUGUUUUUGACUAAAAGUUACUGCCAAAAGUUCUGUCAGUAGUCGCACAAAGGUUAACUUUCUCUAUUGACCUUUCCAACAGGAACAUGAAACCUUUUAAAGGAUAACAAACCAGGCUGGCCUUUGAAGUGUAUGGUUUUUUAGAGAUGUUUCUUAAUGGACUGUCUUAGUGCCUUGAUUUUUCAUCUUAAGAUGGGGUUCCUGUAUAAACUAAAAACUUUUGCACUUGUACAAGCAUAAUUGUAUGUUCACAUUACAUCAUGUAGCUUUUCCUGUAAUAUAUACAUAAAGAAGUUACAGAAUAAAUAUGUUACACAAUGAUCUGUGAAUCAUGAAAUUCGUUACUGACUUGCCAAGAUUUACUUGAACACUUCCUAAAUACUUCCUGAGACUGCUUGUAUUUUUUCUUCUUGCACAAUGACAAUGACAGCAAAAGGAAUGCAUGUCCAGGAUGUUCCACAGAAAGGUUACUGAAAAAUUUCAACUCCAAAGUUCUUUGAAUAAUUAGCUUUUCCAUCACAUCAUUACAUCAUGUCUCAAAAUUUGCAACACGCCAAUUUAAUGCUUAUUAGAUCUUCCUGCAUAAUUCUUUUGAAAUUGUUUUCAUUCCUGUCUCUGAAAUGUUUGUGGUUUAAUUUAUGAGCAAACUCACCAGUUGUAUUCAGUUUGGUUGAUGGAAAAAUAUUGCUCGGUAAAUACUUUCUCAGAUUACUAAAUUAAUCUUCUGAAGUUGAAGACACAGAAAAUACGGUGUUUUGAAAGUAGUUGCCCUUAUGUACAGCCACCCACUGCAAAAUAAAGCAGCUGAAAGCAAAUUA